AACCAAUCUAAUCUCUCUCUCUCUCUCUUUUCUGACUCAAUAACUGUGUCUGAUAGCGAAAAUUGAAGCUUCCGUUUCAGUUGUCACGCUUUUGCUCUGUCUCUUCCUUCUUUCAAAUUAGGAAAUUUCUCCUCCCAUUUCUCUCUGUAUGUAAAUAUAUACUAUUAUUACCAUCUUCUUCUGUCCUUUCUCUUUUCUUGUUUUGCUUAGCUUGUGAAGUUAAAUUAGUUGUUAAUUUCAUAGGAUUUGAUAGCAUCAAAAAGCUUGAUUUGGUUGUGUUGUAGUAUAGUUUUUUGUUUUUUUGAUAAUUAUGCUUAUUAGAUGGUAUUGGAAAUUCAAACCAGAUAGGAUUUUAAAUACAUAAAAUCAUAAGAUUUUGUCCAGAAAUGGAUCCCCUUUGUGAAUUUUGAUUUGAAGCUUUUGUUCCAACUUUUUUAGUAGUAGUAGUAACUUCUAACUGUGGGAAUUAAUCAGUUGUUUGUUUCUAUGAAGCCCAUUUGAAAAUUUUAUAGCUUUAUAGGCACAUUUGUAUUGAUUUCUCCCAAUUUUUCUUUUACAUUUUUAGACAGACACAACUCACAAGAUCUUAACACAGAGAAAAUAAAUUAGAUUUAGUAAGUUACAUGAUCAUAUUAUAAAUAUAUAGUGAUUUGUAUAAAAGGGAAGUAGUAUAAUUAUUAGUAAUAAUCAAUGGCCAGUCAUUCCACUGAACCAUCUUCCUCUUUGAGCUUUACUUCAUCUUCCCAUUUAUCAAAUGGUUCAUACAGCUACAGGCAGGCUAAUAAAUCAUCCUCCUCCUCUGGUGUUGAAUUGGGCCCUCCUGGUCCUCCUCCUCCUGCUAAUCUGGAAGUGAUUAGUCUAAACAAGCUGAGCUCUAAUCUGGAGGAACUCUUGGUUGAUCCAAGUUGUGAUUAUAGCGAUGCGGUUUUCAUUGUUGAGGGAACUCCAGUCGGUGUUCACCGAUGUAUUUUGGCUGCUAGAAGUAAGUUUUUUCUUGAUCUGUUUCAGAAACAGGUUGAGUCUUUGGAUGGGAAACCCAAGUACUUGAUCAAUGAUUUGUUGCCUUAUGGCAAAGUUGGGUAUGAGGCAUUCCUGGUUUUCUUGAGCUAUUUGUAUACUGCCAAGCUCAAGCCUUCUCCAAUGGAGGUCUCUACUUGUGUUGACAAUGUUUGCAUCCAUGAUGCGUGCAGACCCGCCAUUCAUUUCGCUGUCCAAUUGAUGUAUGCCUCUUCCAUUUUUCAGAUACCAGAGCUGGUUUCACUUUUUCAGCGGCGCCUUCUAAACUUCGUUGGGAAGGCUCUUGUUGAAGAUGUAAUCCCAAUUCUUGUAGUUGCUUUCCAUUGUCAAUUGAGUCAACUUGUCACUGAAUGUGUUGAUAGAGUAGCUCGAUCAGAUCUUGACAGCAUCUCUCUUGAGAAAGAGCUCCCUCAUGAAAUUGCAGAGAACAUCAAAUUGCUUCGUCUCAAGUCUCGGAGUGAUGAUGAACAUAACAUGGAAGCUGUGGACCCGUUGCGUGAAAAGGGAAUCAGGAGAAUUCACAAAGCAUUAGACUCUGAUGAUGUUGAAUUGGUGAAACUUCUCCUGACUGAAUCUGAUAUAACCUUAGACGAAGCCUAUGCUCUCCAUUAUGCCGUAGCCUACUGUGAUCCAAAGGUUGUGACUGACGUCCUUGGUCUGGGUUUGGCCAAUGUCAACCUUCGAAAUCAUCGGGGUUAUACAGUACUUCACAUAGCUGCAAUGCGUAAGGAGCCAUCAAUAAUAGUAUCUCUUCUGACCAAAGGGGCUUGUGCAUUAGAUUUGGCAUUGGAUUGUCAGAGUGCUGUUAGUAUUUGCCGGAGGUUGACAAGGCCCAAGGAUUAUCAUACAAAAACGGAGCAGGGACAGGAAGCAAACAAAGACAGGAUAUGCAUUGAUGUUCUAGAGAGAGAAAUGCGAAGGAAUCCAAUGGCUGGGGAUGCUUCUGUUUCUUCCCAAACAGCUGCUGAUGAUCUGCACAUGAAGUUGCUAUACCUGGAAAACCGAGUGGCAUUUGCACGAUUGUUAUUCCCUACCGAAGCAAAGCUAGCCAUGGACAUUGCAAAUGCUGAGACAACAUCUGAGUUUUCUGGUCUUUCUGCAUCAAAAGGUUCAAGUGGGAAUUUGAGGGAGGUUGAUUUGAAUGAGACUCCAAUUAUGCAGAACAAGAGACUGCGCUCCCGGUUGGAAGCCCUUAUGAAAACAGUGGAGAUGGGUCGACGCUAUUUUCCUCAUUGCUCAGACGUGCUGGAUAAGUUCAUGGAGGACGACCUACCCGAUUUGUUUUACCUGGAGAGGGGCUCCCAAGAUGAGCAGAGAAUCAAGAGGAGGCGCUUCAUGGAGCUGAAAGAGGAUGUUCAAAAGGCAUUUAAUAAGGACAAGGCUGAGUUCAAUCGCUCUAGAUUGUCUUCCUCUUCAUCCUCAACUUCUCACAAAUAUGGUGUGAAUUAUAAGGUUCAGAAAUUGUGAUGGCAUGUAAAUUUUGUCUAAAUAAGCUUGAUGAUAAUUUGCAAAUUCUUUUGAGAAAGAUUCUGGUGAGAGCCUCAUAAAUUUUGGCUCCUAUUGUAUGUAAAAUCCUGCAAAGGAGCAUACUCUGUUGUAGCAUUAAGUUAGCAAAAAUAUUCUACUUCUGAAUUUUGUAGGAAA